AUGGAGCCGCCGGUGUGGGGCGCGGGCUGGUGGGUAGGGCGCAACCUGAGCACCCAGGCGCCAAAGGAGGAGCCCAACCCUUCCACUCUGCCCCCGCCUGCCGAGGAGCCCAUCACGCAUACCGUCGAGUCGCUCACAGAGUCCUACUACGCCUUCCAGGACUCCGUCCUUAACAUCCAGAUUAUGGGGAACAGUGUGCCUCGAUUCUGGGUGGGCCUAGUGGCGUUCGGGCUGUUCGGUCUGGGCAAGGACCUCCUGUCCCUGGGCGUCGCUGACCAAAUCGAGCACAGGCCCGACUUGACAACGGAGCAGAAGCUUCAGCUGUCAGCUCUUGCCGGCGACAAAGAAGACUUUGUCCUGACGCAGCUCCCGACGGCCGUCUCGAUGAGCGAUCCGUUCACGCUGCUCACCCUGCCCCUGCUUUCGUCGCUGUUUGCGGCCAGCGUGGGCAUUUGGUGGGGCCGAUUCCGAAUCAAGAAGCUCUUCGACAAGUUCGUCUUCAUGGAGACUAAGAAGGGACACGUGGCCCCGCCGGAGGUGAUCGACGGCGCGCGCAAGGGCAUCAUCACCCGCGGCUCCACCGCUACGGCCGUGGGCACCAUGGCCCUCACCACCACCUAUAUCUCCUUCUAUGCCAUCAUCACCAGAAUGAAUGAGUGGAAGUGGACCGUGCCUGCGGGCAAGGAGGGCGAGCUGCAGCGCAAGCUGCCGUCGGACCUCGAGCUGAAGGCCUUCAGCGCGGCCUCGUUCGUCUAUUUCGUGUUCAUCCAGCUGCUCGUCCUCAAGUUCACGCCCUUCGUCAUCCUGCCGUCGCUCACCGCGCUCUUCCCGCUCACGGCCGUGCUCGCCCAGUCGCCCGUCUUCCUCCGUAUGCAGGACAAGACCAAGGGCAAGCUCGAGACCCUCGAGGCCAAGGGCGUCUUCGGCACGCUCCCCUCCGGCGAGGGCAAGGAGCUGGACUUUGACGGCGAGGGCGCCGACGAGGGCGCCUACGGCCUGCACAGCGCCGACCACGACGACGACGACCUCGGCUCUAGGCCCGCCGCCGGCGACGGCUCUUUGUCGACGAAGCCCAACAACGUGUUCGACAAGACCGCGGGCGCGACGCGUGUGCGUGCGAUCGUGUCGAGGCGGAAGCGGGAGCAGAGCGCCGACGGAGCCGCGGGCGGCGGUGACGAGGAGCACGGCAAGGAGAAUCAGUGGGGCGACGUGGUGCUCGAGGACGAACAGAACCAGCAGCAGUAG